CGCGCUCGGGUGCCGCGGCUCGACCGCGCUGCCUUCUUCUUCCUUUCCCGUUAAGUUGGCUUUUCUCGCCUUCCAGGCUCCAGCGCACGUCUUCCCCCGGGCCCAGCUUUCUCUCCCUCUCUCUGUACGGAUUUACAGCACGGAAACGCGCGGACAGUAAUGUCGGAGUACAGCACGGUGCCGCCGCCUCCCGGGGCCGGAGCAGCAGCAGCACUGGGAGCCGGCGGGAUAAAGAAGGACGCGUUCGCGGACGCGGUGCAGCGCGCGCGGCAGAUUGCAGCUAAGAUCGGUGGAGAUGUCGCGGGCGGCCCUGUGAGCAAUAAUGGUGGUACAGAGGGGUAUCCUUUCUCAUCACAGAAACGAUCGCUGGAGGAUGGAGAUCAGCCGGACAGUAAGAGGAUGGCACCUCAGAGUGACAGGGACAACGCUACAGCACUGUCUAUCAGUGCUCAGCUGGCUGCUCUCUCUCAGCAGAGUGGACGUCCUUCUGCUCUGACAGAGGAGUACAGAGUUCCAGACGGCAUGGUGGGCCUCAUCAUUGGUCGAGGAGGAGAGCAGAUCAAUAAGAUCCAGCAGGAGUCGGGGUGUAAGGUUCAGAUCGCGCCAGACAGCGGCGGUUUACCCGAUAGAAGCGUCUCUCUCACUGGAACUCAUGACUCCAUACAGAAGGCCAAGAUGCUGUUAGAUGAUAUUGUGUCUCGGGGGAGGGGCACACCGCCCACCUCCUUCCACGAGGCUAACGGUAGCGGGCACAUGCAGGAGAUGAUCAUCCCGGCGGGAAAAGCCGGCCUCAUCAUCGGCAAAGGAGGAGAAACCAUCAAACAGCUGCAGGAGCGAGCCGGAGUCAAGAUGAUUUUAAUACAGGAUCCGUCUCAGGGACCCAACAUCGACAAACCCCUCCGUAUCAUUGGAGACCCUUACAAAGUGCAGCAAGCGAGGGAGAUGGUGCAGGAGAUCCUGCGUGAGAGGGAUCAGUUUGGAGACAGGAACGAAUACGGCUCCCGCAUGGGAGGAGGAAUAGAGGUGCCUGUGCCACGUCACUCCGUGGGCGUGGUGAUCGGCCGAAACGGGGAGAUGAUCAAAAAGAUUCAGAACGAUGCAGGAGUCAGGAUACAGUUCAAACCAGAUGACGGGAGUGGACCCGAUAAGGUCGCUCACAUCAUGGGGCCUCCUGACCGCUGUGAGCACGCAGCAGGCAUCAUCAACGAGCUCCUACAGAGCAUCCGUGUCCGAGAGGAGGGGGGAGGGGGACCACCUGGUCCUCCUGGAACAGGUAUGCCUCCAGGUGGGCGUGGCAGGGGGCGUGGUCCAGGUAACUGGGGUCCCCCUGGUGGCGAGAUGACCUUCUCUAUCCCCGCACACAAAUGCGGCCUGGUGAUUGGCCGAGGAGGCGAGAACGUGAAGUCCAUCAACCAGCAGACGGGCGCCUUCGUGGAGAUCUCACGCCAGCCGCCACCUAACGGUGACCCCAACUUCAAACUGUUCACCAUCCGGGGAAACCCCCAGCAGAUUGACCAUGCCAAGCAGCUGAUCGAGGACAAGAUCGAGGGUCUUCUGUGUCCUGUAGGUCCUGGUCCUGGUGGUCCCGGUCCAGCUGGCCCAAUGGGUCCUUACAACCCCAAUCCAUAUCAGCCUGGACCUCCAGGAGCCCCACCACAUGGAGGUCCUCCAGGUGCCCACCAGUACCCCCCUCAGGGUUGGGGAAAUGCCUACCAGCAGUGGCAGCCGCCUGCACCUCAUGACCCCAGUAAAGCUGCAGCGGAUCACAGUGCCGCCUGGGCAGCAUAUUACGCACAGUAUUAUCAACAGCCUGGUGGAGGCGCGAUGCCCGGACAGACGCCCAGUGCACAGCCUGCUGCCCCCGCCCCCACUGACCAGAACCCAGCGGCUCAGAACACGGGACAGCCAGACUACACCAAGGCCUGGGAGGAGUACUACAAGAAAAUGGGUGAGACUCAGGCCGGUGGUGGCGCUGCUCCAGCAGCAGGUGGAGCUCCAGCAGCGUCAGGAGCAGCAGGACAGACUGACUACAGCGCCGCCUGGGCCGAGUACUACAGACAACAAGCUGCUUAUUACGGCCAGAACACACAGAACCCCGGACAGCCUGCAGCUACACAGCAGGGCCAACAGGCGCAGUAAACCUGACCACGCCCACUUCCUCCCUAGUGACUCCACCCUGUUCUCUUUUUAACCCCCUCCUCCUUCCAUCCCGGUUGUCGAUCGUCGCUCAUCCUCCUACAGCUGGCGACUGGACGCGAACAAAACAUCCUUGUAAAUGAUUCGUCUGUCUCUCUCUCUCUCUCUCUCCUCAUUUCUCUCCCUACUGAAAUGGACUAAAUCCAAGCGUAGCUGACGGUUUGUUUUUGUUUUUUUUAAACCCCUCCCUCAUCACCGCUCCUCCUCAUCCUCUAAAUGUGAUUUAAAAAAAAAUCCGUCGCCAGGGAAACGAAAGGGAACGCUUCGGAAUUCCUCGUCCGGCUAAACCCCGCCUCCCUAAACGGACUCGCACUUCACUUUUUUUCCCUUCCUCUUCUCUCUCUCCAUCAUUAAGGUGUUAUUACUGCAUCUAAAAACAGUGUACAAAAUUUUUUGUUUGUUUUUAGACUUUUUAAUUUUGUUUUAAAAAUGGAAAUCAGUUGAGUUUGGAACAUUCCCAGCUAUUUUUAAGUAUUUCUGUGUCCCCCCCCCGGGUGUGUGUGUGUCUGACUGACUCCUCCCCCAUCUUCCUACCAGGUUCAUGAAGCUCUGAUGAUGAUAUUAUUAUACAGAGGUUAUUAUUAUAUAUUAAACGCUUGGUUUUUUUUUUUUUUUUUUUUUUACUUUUUACCGCUUGUUUUUAAAACCUUCACAAUAAACAAAAAAAAGAAAAAUUAAGGUUUUUUUGUCUUUGUUCACUUUGCUACCGAGUCAGCAGGGUGUACAGAAUAUUUGUUUAUAAGGUGGAAUCGACUCAUAAAAUAAUGUGAUGUCCGGCGUUUCGCUCCAGACUGUAACCCAGGGUUUUUUUCUUUCUUUCUGUAACGUUUAAAUAAAAUCCGAAAGCCGUGA